AUGCGUACAUGGCACCGUGUCCCGUCCUUGAAAGUGGCUCGUGCUUCCCCAGCAGUAAGCUUGCUCAACGGGAAGAUAUAUGUUUUUGGAGGCUGUGAGGAGUUUGGUUCAAACUGGGCUGAGGUAUUUAACCUAAAGACUCAAACUUGGAAUACUUUGACAAUCCCAGAGAUACCCCACGGUAUCCACCAAAGUGUUGUGAUUGAGCAUAAGGUUUACGCUGUUGAUGAGGAGGAACAAAGCUUAUACUUCUUGCCAAGUGAAGGUACAUGGAGAAAAGGGAAGAAACAGGAUUCUAAGCCAGGAAACAGACACGAUUGGUGUGCCAUUGGGAACUUGUUGUACUGUCGUGGUACUCAUGGGAGAAUACUAUGGUGUGAGCCAGAUGAGUUGGAUUGGAAGAAGGUGAAAGGUUUGGAAGAGUUUCAACGGUCUCUCUCUGGUUCGAUACUGCUUUGCUUGCACUCUGUACCAACCAAGGUCAAAUAUGAUAUCAGCAGACUCGGUAGCAACUCUGCUGGGAACAUUGUCAUCUUCUGGAACGCCCAUCUCGGAGAUCCUGAGAGUUUGGAGCUUUGGUCUGACGAGAUUUCAAUGGAGAGACGCCAGGGAGACGAGGUUUGGGGGAAGGUUGUGUGGUUCGGUGCUGUUUACAAAGUUGAUCCUCUCUCACACUCAUAUAGCGUUCAGGUCUUACAUUCUGCUUCUAUAAAUGUCUGA